AUGCAUUUGAACGUUUCAAUACCGCGUGGUUGGAAGCGGGAGCCUAGGAGCUUACUGCAACGCCGACAAGGCCCGGGACCUGGCCAGAACAUGGUCUUUAUUAUCAUCGGUUCUAUUGCUGCUAUCGUCUUGGCAGUGACUGUGGUUAUUUGUAUAAGAAAAUCUCGAAAGGACAAAAAGAAGCUCAAAGGCAUAGAAGAGACGGAUAGGGGAGGUUUUCUGAAGUGGUUUCAGAGGAAGAAAGGACGUUAUUCACAGACACCAAGCGAGGAUGGCGGGGAGAGCGGAAGACAAUCCCAUCAACUCGAUUCCAACUCUACCUCGUCAAAUAACCGACAAAAUCGCAACAGCGCCCGCAACAGCAGCAAUAUCAACACUACCAUCAACACUAAUACUGCCGGUGCAACCGUUGAUCGAAAUACUUCCGUUCGCUCUGUGCUUACUCUACCCGCCUACCGUCCGAGUGCCAACAAUAACGAGCAAGUUCUGGGAAGAGAGGGUGAGCGAGAUGGUGUCGACGUUAUUAUCGACUUGCCAACUGCAGAAGCCGAGGAGGAAGCGAGAAAUGAGGAAAUGGAGACGAUGUACCAGAUAAGAUUGGCUAGAAGACAGGCCAUUGCAGAGCGAGAGGAGCGAAGAGAGCGACGCCGAGAGGCACGACUGCGCAACGAUUAUCGCGAGCUCGAGGCCAUUAGAGCCGAAACCCGAGCUGCGAAUGAGGAUAACACAAUUUCCGAAUUACGAACAACUGUGGACCAGCUUAAGGACAACAGACAGAGAUCGGUAUCGAGUGUGUCAUACGCCGACGUAGGCGUUGCACGUCACGACGGAACGAGAAUCAGAGCCAACAGCAGCGAGAGCGAACGUGUUGGUUUGCUGUCUGAUGCUGCCAGCAUGCAGUCCGGACAUCAACGCGGACGAAGCUAUAGCUCUGCCGCCAGCCAUGACGACGAUUUUUCGAGCCUCGCUCCUGCACGCUCGCGGGGAGCUUCUAUCCGAUCAGGCAGUGUAGAUGGCAGAGCCGGGUCGAGUCCUGAGCUGGUAGAGGCAGACCUCGGUGCCGAGGUGAUGCCUCCUCCGGAAUAUGAGGAUAUACCGCUUGGCGAUGAUCGAUCUUCAAGUCACGGACCCCCGCCUGACUAUUCUGGCCCUGAACGAUCCGCAUCGCGAAGAACACAGCAAACUACCGAGCGAGAUCUAGGAUCGGAUUGGCAGAUUGCUGAUGCACCAGCCGUUGACGGUCACAACAGCAACAGUCCUCACAACGGUCAGGGUAACGGUUCAGCUCCACAACUGCCGAGCUUGGGUAUACCACAGCUGCCUGAAAUUGUUAUUGAACCAUCAAGUGCAAACCCACGAGAUGAUGAACGAUCACCACACCGAUGA